AUGACACCGCAGCAGAACAGAAGGGCCCCAAAGGUCAUCCUCUUUUUGAGCACCUUCAUCUUCCCGCCCCUCCCGAUCUUUCUUCUUGAGGGGGCCACAAAGGCUCUACUUGUCUCCCUUUUGCUCACCUUGUUUGGCUUGCACUUUCUCGGGGUCAUCUACACACUCUUCUACUUGUGGCCUUACUUUGCCGACAAGGCCCCGGGUGCCGGCCAAACCACCGUAGGCGAGAACCGAGGCGUCCCUGCCACCGAAGACGUGCUGGAACGUGGUGAGACUGCCACCACACAGCAACCGCAGCCAGGACCGGCUGGCAGCCACUACGAAGAUAACGAGCCUGCCAAAGAGCCCCAAGUCAAGCCUGAGCCGGGACACCCUAAGUAUGAAGACCAGCGUGAGCCAGUGCAGGGCCAGAGUGAAGAGCCUCCGUCCUAUCUUGACGCCACCGCCGACGCGUCGAGCACAACAUCACUUAUUGUCGCGGCCGCGGCCAAAAACGACCACAAAAUCCAGAGAUGA